AUGGUUUUAGCUUCUGGCCACUUCUCCCUCCAGGACGGCCAGACUCCACUUCAACCUGCAUACCACCACCUCAUCCCGGGAGGCAUUUCCGGACCGUCGACGCCCGGUUUCCCAGUCAGUGGUCCACUCGUCAACCAAACUCCGCUAGAAUUUGACUCUUCAGCCCGAGCUAUGCGUAACCGCCUCGGACAGCUUUCAAUCUCUUAA